UAUUACUUUUAUUGGAUGGUUGUUCAAGAUGGCGACUUGCAGAGUUCUUGGCCUGCGUGGCAUCUUUUCACCAUUUCUUAGAAACCAUCAAACACUGUUAGCCAAUCAGUCACGUCAAUUAUACACUGAAAAGAACCACACUGAAACACAACAAAAUCUCAGUUUGGUGCCAUACAGAGAACAAAGUACAAGUCAGAGUGCUGUUAAAGUGAAACCAUACUCUCCAUUUCAAAAUCCAAGUAACAAACUAGAUUAUGCAUUGGCUAGAGUUGAUGAUUUGAUCAACUGGGGUAGAAAAAGUUCGUUAUGGCCAAUGACAUUUGGGUUAGCAUGCUGUGCUGUAGAGAUGAUGCACAUGGCUGCUCCAAGAUAUGACAUGGACCGAUUUGGUAUUGUAUUUCGAGCAAGUCCACGGCAAUCUGAUGUGAUUAUUGUAGCUGGAACUCUUACAAAUAAAAUGGCACCUGCAUUAAGAAAAGUAUAUGAUCAGAUGCCUGAACCCCGAUGGGUUGUAUCUAUGGGUAGUUGUGCUAAUGGUGGAGGUUAUUAUCAUUAUUCAUAUUCUGUUGUACGUGGAUGUGAUCGAGUUAUACCUGUUGAUAUUUAUGUACCUGGAUGUCCUCCAACAGCGGAAGCUUUAUUAUAUGGUAUGUUACAGCUACAGAAAAAAAUCAAGAAAAUGAAUAAUGUUCAAAUGUGGUAUAGGAAGUAAAAGGUUAAUUUUAAUAAAGUUAUGUAAAUAUACUAAAAGAUGUGUAAAUGCAUUUAUUAGAUACGAGCGUGAAUGGUAUUUAAAAAAAAAUGCACUUGAUUGAACUGACAAUACACUAGUAUAUCGAGCAGCUCACUGACUAAACCCAGGAAUAAAAGAAAUGGAAGAUUCAGUUUAUAAAUGAAUAUAUAUAUACAGUGGUAUUUUUACAUGAUCUGAAUAUCUACUAAUUAUAGUGUGAACAGUGUAUUGUGUAUUUAUUUACUUGAUAUUUAUUAUCAAUAGACAUUCUUUGUAGAUAAAUACCUUUAAAAUAAAUUUAUAUUCAGAAGCAGAUAAACUUAUUUCAUUAUGAUUUUUUAAAAAAUUUUUAACAAAUAAAAAAUGAUGCAUUAUGUAAUAGCUAAAUCUGCCUACAUGCAGGUCUUUUUUCUGGCUUCACGUGACAAGUCCACUACUAAACUCUCUAGAUUUAGACCAUUGGAUGGCUCCAAUUUUAAUUGUAUUAGAAUACCACAGCCUUUUAAUCAAAACUUAGUCUUUAUAGUCAAGUAUCGUUGCUACAAUAAUAAACAAUCUACGCUACAUUUUGUGAAAACUUCAAACACUCACACCUUGGCACAGUCCAAAGAUAAUUGACUGAAAUUAUCUGUUUUUAACAUAUUGCAUCUUUAAAGGUAUAAUAAAUCUAAUGACAGUGAAGAAAAACCAGUACUAUAUUACUUUAUACUGUACAGCAGCAAAGAAUUAAUGUCACUAACACAAAUUAAACUGACAGUGUCUGGAUAAUCAGUUCUAUAUUACUAGCCAUGCUUAUAUAAUAAAUCAAGUCAAGUUACCUUCAAAAUUCUUAUUUCAGAAAUCACUCCUGAAAAUAGACCAUGAUAAUAAUCCUAAAAUUAAUUGAUGACACAUUAAUUAUACACAUUUAUCUUUUAAAGAAGUAUUAUGUAAGAUUUACUUAGAUAAAGAACUGCCCAUUCUGUCUAUAAUAGUUCAAAAAUAGAUAAUGUAAAAUGAAUAUUUUGAAAAUUCCAUUCAAAUUACUUUAUUCUUAGCAAAGUUAUCAAUGUUUGUAGUUUUGUCAAUUUGUGCAUUGAUUGUUUAUUAUUGUUAUCACCGUACUGGUUGUUCGAGACUUAGCCUCUGCAGUCGGCAGAUUUAGCUAUUACAUAAUGCAUUUUCUAAUUAAAGAUUAAAUGGCUGAACUGUUCUAAUAUACUUAAAAUCAGAGCCGACCUAUAGCUUAGAGAGCUGAUUAUGGACUUGUCAUGUUAAUAAAUGUCUAAUUAAUAAUUUAUAUAACAUUUAAGGCCUAAAGAAAGACCUUCAAUAGGCAUAUUUAGCUUUUGAAUAAUGCCUUUUUAAUAAAGCAUCAAGCAUUCAGAUUA